AUGGCAGGAACCCACGAGCUCGAGGUAAACAAACCGUCGAAGCCUCGCUGUGGUUUUCUGCAGGCUUCUCGUCACGACGCACGUAGCAGCAGUACCAGCAGCAGCAACAACAACAACGACGAAGACAAAGACGACGAUAACGACGAUAACGACGAUAAUGAUGAUGACGACGAUAAUGAUGAAGACGAUGAAGCUUCUCUUUCUCGUUUUUCUUGUUUUCUCUUUCGUCUCUGGGGUUGA